AUGGAGGCCCGCGGCCCGGCGCCCCCAUGGGGCGGCGGCGGCGCGGCGCAGAGGGCCGCCCUCGAGUGCGUGGCCGAGGCUCGCGAGGCGGAGGGCGGGGCGAGCAGGGCGGCCGCCGGGGGUGCGGAGGUCGAGGAGCUGCUGGCCGCCCUGGGAGUGGCGAGCGACGGCAGCCAUCGCACCGAGCACCAGGAGGCCCACGUGGAGGAGGCCGUGGCCACCGACGGCAUCGGGGGGGGCGGGGCUGCGGCGACGGCACCUUGGGCGGGGGAGUUCGACCAGAACUCCCAGGAGGUCCAGGAGCAGGAGCUGUGCGAGCAGGCGCCCGACGCGGACUUCAAGAGCACCACGGACGGGGAGGCCUCCAAGGAGGCCCAAGUCCAGGAGUUCCUCGACUCCCUGCUGGAGGCCUCGGCGGCGAAGGACUCUGCGGCGAUCAAGGUCGUCGACAGCGGCACCGAGGCAGAGUCGGCGGAGCCGGACGUCGCGGAGGCGUGCGCCCUCCUCGCAGUGCUCGUGGAGCGGCUGACAGAAACGGACACCAACUCGUUCCACGAGUUCUGGAAGCUGUUCGGCGAGGCGCCGACGGCGGUGCAGCAGGCGAGCUGGCAGGAGAUGUUCGAGGGUAUCCGUUGCCAUGCGGUCGAGUGCGAGCCGCUGGUGCGCUACACGCGGCCUCGCGGCAUCGGCAUCACUGGCCAUUCCUCAUCGUGCUGGUGCUCGAGCUGCCUCGACAAGCAGAUCGAGGAUGCCGAGCGAAGAAUCCGACGGCGCGCGGCCUGCACAAAGGAGGCCGACGUCAUGAAGCAGGUCACCGAGGUCGGCGUGGGCUGA